AUGGAUGACUACGAUGAGAUACCAGUCGACAAAAAUGUGAGCGAAGAGGGAAGAGGAGAAGAAGAUGAUGAUGACGAAGAGGAAGAGGAUGAUGGAGACGACGAAAAUGAAGGAAAUGACGGAAACGACAGUGCCAGGCCUUUUUCUUGUUCUGAUAUGAUUCGACGACGAUUACAACGUCGAACGGAAGUUGAGGAAACGCCAAGGAAAACGCCCGAGAGUGUCGUCCCUGAUACGACUAAAGGUUCGAGCUUAACUUUGGAGGAGAUUGUCAUGGAACAAGGUGACAUAGGAGCGUUGGAGCCGCAAGCAUCGGCGUUGGAGCCACAAGCAUCGUCGCCUUUACCACUCAAACAGUUUGAACAACAUUCGACAGGCAGCAGUAGCGUUGAUGAAACGUCAGUGCAACAUAUUGACGUUGUCGAUGAACAGGAAGCAGUCGAAAAAAUGUCGUCCGUAAAUCAGCUGUUCCCGCUAGCUCACUUGCCGAUCUUGAAAAGCGGUUUGGGCCCUCGGAUACGAGCCGUUGGCUGCAGCAGAAGCUUCGUCUUCAUUUCUACAACCGGCAAGGCAAAGCAUCCAUGUCCAAAGAGAAAAGCGCGCGCAGAAGGAUUGUUGCUGGAAAGUACUCCUGUUGCCGAUCCAAGAGUUGCAUUUGCAAGGAGCAGGCCUACCAUUUUCACUAAUAGUCGCAUGGAAUCGGUUGUUCUUAUUCUGUACCAAAAGCGGAAUGAUCCACAACCGCUAGUUAUCCUGUUAGGCGGACGCCAUCUUGAGGAAAGUGGUUAUCGUUAUCAUCGUUACGGUUGUUGCGUAGCCGUCGUAGGCGACGAAAUUUACGCAGUGGAACAUCAGGCGGAAGCCAGAGCGGAUGAAAUGCCGUUGCACUUGAAACUACUAGCAGGUGGUCCACUUACUCGUCACUUUCCAUCGCCAACAAUGGAGCCGUGGGAUACGAUACCGUAA